AUGCCAACAGCUUCCGAACACACUGCACGCAAUCGUUUGGCCACCCUUGCAGCUCACUUACUUCCUUCCGACGCUGCCGCCUCCGCGAUCCACCCCCUCCACCUCUCCGCCGCCGCAGGAGCCUCUCCGUCGGCGAACCUCAAGGGAACCCUCACAAUCGUCGAUGAGAGGACCGGCAAAACGUACCAGAUCGACGUCUCCCCAGAAGGCACCGUCAGAGCCUCUGACUUCAAGAAGAUAUCAACUGGGAAAAAUGACAAGGGACUCAAGCUUUAUGAUCCUGGCUAUUUGAACACUGCUCCAGUCAUCUCAAGGAUUUCUUACAUUGAUGGUGAUGCGGGAAUCCUUAGAUAUAGAGGAUAUCCAAUUGAGGAGUUGGCGGAGAAAAGCACCUUUAUGGAAGUGUCAUAUCUGAUAAUGUAUGGUAAUUUGCCUUCUGAAAGUCAGUUAGCGGAAUGGGAGUUCAACAUAUCUCAGCAUUCAGCUGUACCGCAAGGAGUUUUGGAUAUGAUACAAGCAAUGCCUCAUGAUGCACAUCCAAUGGGUAUGCUUGUUAAUGCCAUGAGCGCUUUGUCUGUUUAUCAUCCUGAUGCAAAUCCUGCCCUCAAAUCCCUGAAGAUUUCAGAUGGCUACAAAAACGAAUCUCUGAACUCUUAG